AUCAUUAGCGAAGAAGCACCUUGGCCACUUCAAGAUGACAAGCGCCCACUAGGCUAAAUUACUUCACUGAAAGGAAACCUCAUAUCAGACAAAAAUUUUAAAACGCCUCACCUGCAGAAGUUACCCAACGAUGAACGCCACCACUGCCCCACCCGCAGAGGGGUCCUGCCCCCGGAACACCCUCAUAACCCAGCAAAUCAUCCCCGUGCUGUACUUCGUGGUCUUCGUGGCCGGGAUCCUCCUCAACGGCGUGUCCGCGUGGAUAUUCUUCUACGUGCCCAGCUCCAAGAGUUUCAUCGUCUAUCUCAAAAACAUCGUCAUCAGUGACUUCCUGAUGAGCCUGACUUUUCCUUUUAAGAUCCUGGGAGACUCGGGCCUCGGGCCCUGGCAGCUGAACGUGUUUGUGUGCCGGGUCUCGGCCGUGCUCUUCUACGUCAACAUGUACGUCAGCAUCAUGUUCUUUGGGCUCAUCGGCUUUGACAGAUACUAUAAAAUCGUGAAGCCUCUCUUGACUUCGUUCAUCCAGUCCGUGAACUACAGCAAGCUCCUGUCGGCGCUGGUGUGGAGCCUCACGCUGCUGCUUGCCAUCCCCAACGUGAUCCUGACCAACCGGAGCGUCGGGAAGGCCACACGCAUUAAAUGCAUGGACCUGAAGAACGAACUGGGCCUCAAGUGGCACCGAGCCUCCAACUACAUCUUUGUAGCCGUCUUCUGGAUUGUGUUUCUCUCCUUAGUCGUGUUCUACACUGCUAUCACGAGGAAAAUCUUUAAGUCCCACCUGAAGUCCAGAAAGAACUCCAUCUCGGUCAAGAAGAAAUCUAGCCGCAAUAUAUGCAGCAUCAUGUGCGUGUUUUUUGUCUGUUUUGUUCCUUACCAUGUUGCCAGAAUCCCCUACACUCGGAGCCAGACAGAGACCCAUUACAGCUGCCAGUCAAAAGAAAUCCUGCUCUAUGUGAAAGAAUUCUCUCUGCUGUUGUCAGCUGCAAACGUAUGCCUGGACCCCAUUAUUUAUUUCUUUCUGUGCCAUCCAUUUAGAGAAGUCUUACGUAAGAAACUGCAUAUCCCAUUAAAAGCUCAGCAUGACUCAGAAGCUUCCAAAAAAAGGGGAAAUGUAACACAAGAAAGCACACAUACUGUGUGAAUUCCCACCUCCUUUCGAAUAAAGUCUGUGCAUGCAUAUUGUAAUCUUCAAUUACAUAAUAAAGGCAAAUGAAGAAGAAGCAUGUCCACGAUAAUAAGUGUCAUCUCUAGGCACUACUAUUCAACGUAGUACAAUAAUAAAACUAAAAUGUAAGUUUCCAUGCUUGUUUCUGUACCAUCAAAGAAAAGAUAAUACAUUAUUUAAUCUUAUCCCACCAAAAUAGAAGGUUUACGUUUAUAAUCAAUAGUCUGGUCAGUUAAUACAGCACGUUAGACAGCAAUAAGGAAGACAGGAAGUAAUCAAGACAAUUCACAGGGGCAUCUUCCUCCUUCUAAACACAAGAAUUAAGCUGGCAUAUUACGCAAUUCUUUUCAACAGGGUCAUUAAAGACCAGCUUAAAAGCAGACACGGUCUGAUAAAGGAUUAGAGGCCUGUUUGUAGUGAAAAAGUCAAGUCUUCUCCGAUUUGAAGAAGCAGGAUAAGCAGACACCCAAAAAAUUACUUAAGAAAUCCCCCACGGAUUUAUUUCAUGGCAUUUCAAAGGAAAGCAGAUAUGCACUCUGUACAUCGGCCGCACAAAAAUGUAAUCUUUCUCUGAUAGCAUUUGGAGGAUGAUGUAAGAUACAUCUUAAAUACGUUUUAUGUGAAGAUUAGCUAAGCCGCUUAAUGAGCCUAGUGUUCUGGUGCUAGAAUGUGUUUAAGUAAACUCUACAGAGGGAAUCUAGAUAGUGGCGUAAGUUGCCAGAAACUUCCCCUGUUCCAUGGUAUGGGAAAAAAAUCUAGGAUGUCUGAGAAAAGACGUAUGCACACAAAUACCCCCAGCUGGCAACACACUUUAUUCCCUAGGAGCAGAGAAAAGCAGUUUUCUUAGAAAGCAACUGGACCUGAUAGAAAGAAAAUCCAAAAUUUGCAAUAAUGAGUGAGAAAUUACACAUAAAAUGAAAAUUUACACAUCAUGUUUUCUGAAAAACAAAUUUCAUAUGUGCAGAUAUGGAUAUGAUUGCUGGCUUCUGAGUCAUCAAAGCUCAGUUCUUUCUCUGCUAUUAACUGGCUGGAAGACAUUUAGCCCAUCUUUCAAAUGCUCUUCUCAAACAUUUUUGUAAGUCAUGUUUUCAUAUAUAUGUGUGUAUA